AUGUUAUUUGUAAUAAUUAAGAAUACCUUUUAUUUCUAUAUUUUGAUACACUCUGUAUUUUCUUUGCUGAGUUUGUUGAUAUGUUUAGACAAUGAUAUAGAUCAUUUUGAAAUUUAAUGUCCAAGAGUAAUUAUUUAAAUUAUGUUAGCUGAGUAAUGAAAUAAAAGAAUUAGUGGCAGGGAUAUUUAAACCAUUUUUGCCAGAAGUUAUAGAAUUCUUAGUUGGAAAAAUAUUGAUGUAAGAUAUAAGAAUUGUAAAUACCUUGAUCUUUUCAGGCAUACUAGAAGUUUUGUUAGUGAUAUUAGGAGUAUUGUAAACUUUUGAAUUUAUUUUUAGCUACUAUAUAAUGGUUGAAACUCCAAAACCAAUAUAAAAGAGCUUGAGAAUAAUUGCUAAAUUCACUUUCUUUUUUGGAUUAAUAUUUUGGAUUGCAAUUUAUUGUAGUGGAAUAGGGUUAAAGAAAUUUCUUGAAAUAGUGCAUAUAGUUUAUUAAAACCCAUAAAAUGUAGAAAAUUAUUCAAAUGAUUUAUCAGAAUUUAUCUAAAAGAGACAAGAAGAAAUUUUGGAGUAUUAUUUUUGA